AUGCGGAUCUCCCCAGCGACUUUCCGAGUUGUGAAGCCCGAUGUGUCUUCGAUGAACCCGGUGGAGCUGUUGCACCCUCGAUGCGUUCUACUGCCUCAUAUGAGUGAAGCCGUGAUCGUUGGCUUGGGGCCAGCACCGAAUCCGCCUCCAGGGCUCAAGUCGAAAGAGGAUCUCAUACGCUAUUGGAGAUACCUGCAUGGAUAUGAGCUGCCUGAGGAUGCAGUUGAGCGGACGAUCCAGGUUCAAUUCCCACGCGGUUCGCUAGUUUUAACCUACCCUCUGGGCUGUGCCUGGGCAACACCGUGGACAUACCUACCAACUAAGACGGGCCAGUUUGCUGCGAAACUGAAUCGAGAAGUUAUCGAAGCCAUCCGAGAGAUCCUAGGUGACUGGUCGAAGGAGAGCGGCCUCGUAGUAGAACUGCAUGAAGACCCCGGAGCCCAGCCAGAGAGUGACGUUAGCAAGGCUCUCCCGAAGAGAGCUUCGGAAAUCCCCCGAGAUGAGGGUCUCCUUGUCCAGGAGGCGGGAGUUUGGAAAGGCUUACCAGUUGAUGAGCAGCUAGACUCAAGCUCGCCUGUGGAGGAUAAGGGUCAGCCUAUCCGUGGCAGACCUCAGAGGAAGAGGCGACGAUAA